AUGUCGGCCCCAAAUCCGGGUUUGUUCGAGCAGACUUUAUAUUCCAUUUCAGAUCCAGCACAUCCCAGGUAUGCUCAAUACCUGAAGCGCGAUGAGCUCAAGGCCAUGUUGAGACCGAAUGAGAAGGCGACGGAAGCGGUACUGGCCUGGCUCGUCCAGGGUGGAGUUGAUCACAGCGCGAUCGCGCAAGAUGGAGAGUGGAUUAACUUUGUUUGCACCGUUGGUGUUGCGAACGAUUUGCUAGAUACCUCGUUUGGCGUGUUCGAAGAUGUUGAUGGGCAGAAGCUCCUCCGCACUCUCAACUACUCAGUGCCGGACAAAGUCUGCGAUUAUAUCGACAUGAUACAACCUACUACUCGAUUCUCGGUGAUGCAACCCAUGCGCAGCACAAUAUACCAAGCAGAGCAAGUCGGCGAUGAUCAUCCAUACACGCCUCCUGCAGACCCUAAGGACAUCAAAUCCGUUUGUGAUGGCAAACACGUGACCCCAGACUGCCUACGAGCACUUUACAAAAUACCGGAUGACCCACAGAUCGACAAUGCCACAAGCGGAUACAUGGCUUUUGCCAAUUUUCUAGAACAACACCCGCGCUUCGAUGAUUUGAGCCAAUUCACUGAAGACUACUUCCCACGCGCCAACGGUGUCCGAUUCACCUGGGACACAAUCAACGGAGCACCUCCACUCGAAACUGUACAAACCUCCAACGUCAGCAGUUCCGAAGCAAACUUGGACCUACAAUACAUUCUCGCCACCGGCUGGCCCUUGAACAUCCACUCCUACAAUGUCGGCGGCCUUGGCAAACUCGUCCCAGACCUCGACCAACCCACCCAAGCAGUCAACCAAAACGAACCAUACCUCGACUGGCUCAACUACGUCCUCUCCCAAAACGACCAAGAACUCCCUCACACCAUCUCCGUCUCGUACGGCGAAAACGAACAAAGCAUCCCAGAACCCUACCGCCGCAAAGUCUGCGAUCUCUUCGGCCAACUCGGAGCCCGCGGUGUCAGCGUCCUAGUCGCCUCAGGCGACAGCGGAGUCGGAAGCGCCUGCCUCACAAACGACGGGACAAACACCACCCGUUUCAUGCCUCUCUUCCCAGCAUCCUGCCCCUACGUCACGUCCGUAGGCGGAACCUGGAAAAUCGAUCCCGAAGAGGCCAUAGAUUUCUCCUCUGGAGGUUUCAGCGAUACCUGGCCUGCCCCAGACUAUCAAAAAGACGCUGUAGCGAAGUAUCUAAAUUUCGUAGGAAAUUCCUGGCAAGGCCUCUACAACCCCUCCGGACGCGGCUAUCCCGAUGUCGCAGCACAAGCAUACCAAUACAAAGUCUUCGAUCAAGGUAACGAGACGAAUGUUUCCGGUGCUUCGGCUUCUGCGCCUGCUUUCGCAGGGAUUAUUGCUUUGUUGAAUGCGAAAAGACUCCAAGCGGGGAAGAGUACAUUAGGAUUCCUGAAUCCUUGGAUUUAUGGUCAGGCGUUUCAAGCUUUGACGGAUGUUGUGAAGGGUGGGAGUAGUGGUUGUACGGGGAUUGAUAAGGUUACUGGUCUGGAUACGCCGUUUGUGGAGGGGGCUUCGUGGAAGGCUGUGGAGGGUUGGGAUGCGGUUACAGGGUGGGGGACGCCGGAUUAUGAAAAGUUGUUGGAGCUUGCGAUGGCUUUGUGA